UUACCGUUGGAAGCUUCCCAGUGGAAGUGCGUGGGCGGACAAAACAUAUAAACUUAAAACUUUCUGAAAGAAUGAAAAUAAAUUAAAACAAGUGACAGUAAAAAACAGGCAGAAAUUAUGCCCAACAUUGUGGCAUUGAAACUGGGUGGGGCCAGUAAUCCUGCACGGGUUGGGGAUGGUAGUGGGUCGCUGGUGGCCUUGGAUCAAUUGGCGCUGGACCAACAAAUCAAUGCAAAUUUCAUUUUCCAUGCCAUUUCCAACUACAAGAAGGCACCGUUCCAGCGUAAAACGUUGGACUUUAUUACCAAAAAGUGGCUGCAGUUGCAGUUGGUGUGGCGAGAGUUCAGGCUGAGGUAUAAGCAAAUACGACGCGGUCAGAAGGACUCAAACUACCAAGAGCUUGGCUACUUUCAGCAGGAUUUCUUCGAGUUGGUCCACGAGAAAUAUGUGUCGGCCAGGGGCUGUCUGAGUCGCCGUGCUGUUUGCUCAACCAACGAAAUGAGGGGUGGGAAAUUGGUGGGAGGAACUGAGGCAGAGCCCCAGUAAAAGAAAAAGCCAAGCAGAAAAAUAAGCAGAGCUGGAGAGAGAUAUGUGAGUGUUUCCCUGUCCGGUCUGACGACAAUGGUGGACAAUGUCAACAGCUCAGUUUCGUUUUGCUUCGUUUCGACUUUCACUACAAUGAUGAUAUCCGUGAACAAGUGAGUGCAUAUGCAGCAUGUGUCAAAAGGCGAUUCACAAUUCGGGGAAAAGUCGAGUUGCUCCUCCCGAACAGAAAGGCCUUCUUUUAUCCAAAAAUCAAAUUG